GCGGCCGCUUCCCUUAUUGUUGCGUGCUCUUCCCAAGCACCAAUAAAUAUACUCAUUUAUGAUGAUGCAUACGCAUUCUUGGUUUAUUUCCCUGUCUACGGGAAUUUUCAACUGCGUCGGUUUCCAUGGAGCUAAGCAUUUGCUCGCUCAACGAGCUUCACCAUUUCUCCAAAAACCUGGGGUUUCGACCUCUGAAUCAUUUAACUAAUCCUAAACCCAGUACUCGAAGAGUGUUUCUCAACCUACGGUCGCCGGUUUUCGCCUCUAGCUCGGCUACCAAGAGUGACUCUUUCAGUUCCUUGACUGCGGAGAGUGCGGUUUCUGUCGACCCCGUGUACGUGCCCACGCCGCGGAAUCGGGAACUUCGAACUCCUCACAGCGGGUAUCAUUUUGAUGGAACUACUCGAAAAUUUUUUGAGGGUUGGUACUUUAAGGUCUCAAUUCCAGAACGGAAGCAGAGCUUUUGCUUCAUGUAUGCCAUAGAGAAUCCUGCAUUCAAAAGAAAAUUGACUUCUUUGGAAGUGGCUCAGUAUGGAACUAGAUUUACUGGAGUUGGGACUCAAAUCCUUGGAUCUGAUGACAAGUACAUAGGCCAAUGUUCUGAGGAAUCUCAGUACUUUUGGGGAAGUAGGCAUGAACUAGCAUUAGGGAAUACUUUUGUAGCCAAGAAAGGCAUGCAGCCACCAAGAAAGGAGGUUCCUCCUCAGGAAUUUGACAGCAGAGUUCUGGAAGGUUUUCAAGUCACCCCUCUUUGGCAUCAAGGCUUCAUGCGUGAUGAUGGCAGGACAACUUACACAGAAAAGGUGAAGACAGCACGCUGGGAGUAUAGCACCCGUCCUGUCUAUGGAUGGGGCAAUGUUGGGUCCAAUCAGAAGUCCACAGCAGGCUGGCUUGCUGCUUUUCCUGUGUUUGAACCCCAUUGGCAAGUCUGCAUGGCAGGCGGACUUUCAACAGGCUGGAUAGAGUGGGAUGGUGAAAGGUUUGAGUUUCAAGAUGCCCCUUCAUAUUCAGAAAAGAAUUGGGGUGGAGCUUUUCCUAGAAAAUGGUUUUGGGUACAAAGCAAUGUCUUUAAUGGUGCUAUUGGAGAAGUUGCUUUGACUGCAGCUGGUGGGUUGAGGCAACUACCUGGAUUGACUGAAACCUUCGAGAAUGCUGCAUUGAUUGGAGUGCACUAUAAUGGGUUUUUCUAUGAAUUCGUGCCAUGGAAUGGUGUUGUAAAUUGGGAAAUUACUCCCUGGGGUUACUGGUACAUGGCUGGAGAGAAUGAGACGCAUAUGGUUGAGUUAGAGGCUACAACUGAGCAUCCAGGGACGACACUGCGUGCUCCAACAUCAGAAGCAGGCUUUGCUCCAGCUUGCAAAGAUACUUGUUUUAGUGACCUGAGAUUGCAAAUGUGGGAACGAAGAUCUGAUGGCAGUAAGGGGAAGGUAAUCCUGGAUGUUACAAGCGACAUGGCAGCAGUAGAGGUUGGAGGGGGACCGUGGUUCAAUACUUGGAAAGGCUCAACUGUGAUGCCGGAGCCUAUUAAACGUGCUCUUCAAGUUCCUGUUGAUGUGGAUGGUAUACUGGGUGCGGUUCCAUUACUCAGACCACCCGGUUUAUAACCAACUAUACAUUACAUUUUUUUUCAUGGGGAAAAACAUAUAUUUCUUAACUUGAUGGGAGAAGCAUGGCCUAUUGGCUGGAUUACAUUGGAAGAGUCUGAUUGUUCCUCAGCCAAAGGGUAAAAAUAAUUAUUUGGAAAGGAUUUAAUUCUUUUCAUAGCUGGAUAUCUGGAACAUACAUGCUAAUUGCUGAUAAGAUUGUAAGUGAUGUCUACUUCAAAUGGCCCCAAUUAUUUCUGGCACUUGGCAAUCAUAAUUUCUUCGUGUCAAAUCUACCCUC